AUGAACAGAGAAGGUUAUCAAGAGAAGGAAGAAGAUAAAGUAAAUCUUUUGGACGAAUGUGAACAGUAUGAUAUCAGAGAUCAACAGGAGGAGAACACUUCAUGUGAUGAAGGUACUUUUGCCUCGACAUUUGAGACAUUUUGGAACAUCUGCAACACAAUUCAAGGUUUACCAAUCUUGGUCAUACCUUACGCCGUGAAAAAUGGUGGCUACUUAGCCAUACUUACUCUUUUGCUAGUCGCUGCUGCCUCUAAUUAUACUGGGAAAAUCAUUGUUCGGUGCCUCUAUGAAACCGAUCCAAAGAGCGGUAAACGAAAAAGGGUCCGCAGUUCCUAUGCAGAUGUCGGCAAUGCUUUCCUGCCAAACAUAGGAGGUCAUCUUGUCCUUGCUACUCAGUUUAUAGAGUUGCUUUUUGUUACAGCAGUUUAUCCUCUUUUGGUCGGUAAAUUAAUUGCAAGAUCGUUUCCCCAUGUUGCUUUUCCUUGCUGGCUCUGCACACUCAUUGGCGGUAUACUUUUUGUUCCAAAUGUUUUUCUUAAAAACCUUUCUCAGGUGGCAUGGACAAGCAUCUUAACGGUACUUUCCGCUAAAGUUAUUUUUGUCACCGUUGUUACGUACAGCUUAUUGCAUGUACAAAAAUGGGAAAUAAGCUCCUUGGAAAAUUUCGACGCCAGUACAUAUCCAUCAGCUUUAGGAGUCCUUGUAGCAAGUUAUCUGUCGCAGCCAUUUGUAUCACUAAUCGAAGGUAGCAUGCGCCACAAGGAAAAGUUCAACUCAGUGAUUAAUUUGUCUUAUGUAGCGAUGACAUUACUUAAUGUCACCAUUGGAGUAGUCGCUUACAUUUCAUUUGAAGUCGAUACGGCUGAAGUUAUAACAAAUAGCUUGCCAGAGGGUUCAUUCCGAGCAGCAGUGAAUGUGAUGGCAGCAGUACUGUCCUUCACGUCUUACACACUGCCAAUGUUCACCAUAUUUGAGAUCAUUGAGAACUCCUCUCUGUUUUUCUUUCCAGGAAGCUAUGGUAAAUCAAUCUUCACUCCGUCUGUAAUUACAUUUCGUUUGUUAAUGGUAUCUAUCAGUGUAAUUUUUGCUGCUGCUUUCCCUUCCUACACUUAUAUAUUGGCCCUUGUGGGAAGUAUCGCUGGUAUUAGCUUGGAGUUCAUAUUUCCUCCCUUGUUUCAUAUGAAGAUGUACUUCCAGGACAUGACAUGGUGUAACAUUGUGGUUGAUAGUGUUGUGGUAGUGGUUGGUGUUAUUGUGAUGGUCACGGGAACUAUAUCCUCUCUUCUCUCCUUGAUUGAAGUUUACAGUCGACCAGGUAAUGGUGUAUGUGCUUGA